GCAUAAAUCAUGCCAGAACCGACACUGUCAGGCAACAAUCCCACCAAAUUUGACUCAUUCAGGCGCUCUAUUUGUGCGUCCUAGUGAGCCCUUGUGACCUAAAGUACUUCGUCUCUGAAUAGCCAGUAGAAUCCCCGCAAGGUAGAUUCCGGUGCCCGUGCGAGUCCUCCAGACCAGGCACUUUUGUAGCCAAAUCUGCACCGUAAUUGCCGGGUUUUCACGCGUCUCUCUCACACGGAAGCAAUUGAUCAAUUCUGGCAGGCAUUGGUCGCUGUUCCGGUAGCCUUGAGCCCGAUUACCGUCUCAUAGUAUUUCUGUUGCCAAUCGAGUAAUUAGCUCGAGCAUCGCUCACACACUCCAAUGGUUCAAAUCAAUCGUGUACGCAUGAAAGAGGUCAAGAAGGUCGCUGAGACGCUGUUCCUCGCGUUUCAGAACGAACCCUUCUUCGAUUACUUGCUGAGUCCAACUUCAUGGAAGAGUGCCAAAUCUUUAACGAAGUUCCGUCGGGAUUUCUUUGAUUAUAUUGCAUACGCAUUCAUCAUGAGUGGAACCGUCUACGAAAUCGACGGUUUUAAAGGUGUUGCUCUUUGGGCUGGCCCCGGACAAGAUCCUUACUCGACUUAUACCGUCCUUCGCAGCGGUUUAUGGCGCUGUGUGUACCGAGUACCCAAGGAAGUGGUAUGUCGAUACACGGACGAGUACCUGUCAAAGACGUGUGAUGCCCGUGAACGUCUGAUGGGAAAGAAAAAGCAUUGGUAUUUGUGCUUCUUGGCUGUUCGUCCCGAGCAUCAAAAGAGGGGGCUAUCUCGUCCGCUUUUGGAUGAGGUUCAUCGCUUAUGCGACAAGAAGAAGCAGCAGAUCUACUUAGAGUGCAACCAGAGUACCAAUCGUUCUUACUAUGAACAUCUGGGUUACUCGCUGAACGAAAUGCUCCAGUUUGACAACAACGGCUCGCCGAUAUCACUAGCGGUAAUGAGUCGAGAGGCUCAUUAAAAGCAGAUGUCAUCGGUGCCAUUGGCGCCUCGGCACUUUGUAUUUGUAUAUGGCCUAUUGCCCAUGCGUGUAUUCUGCAUGCGGCCCCGUGUAACACCCGACUCUUGCUCGUUGAAACAACGAGUAAGAGUCAAAAAAAAUUGGUCACGACAAAAUACCCGGAUGCAUAUGCUCCGGAUCUUUAUAAUUUUAUACCUGUAAUUAGUUUAAUUGUAAUUCAUACUUUUCAACUUGUAGCAAAAUGAAGAUUGGAUAUGUUCACAACUCGUCACAAAUCAACACCGUUCAAACACCGUGUACAAUCUGGG